AUGCGUUUCAAGGAAGUCGAAACACUUUAUCAUCUAUUACGUUUCCAGAAGGAUCUAAACUUAAAACAAUCAACGAUUGUGCAUUUACACAAUGCAAAAAAACUAUCAUCUGUUGACCUUUCGAACUGCAACUUUUUAACAAAUAUUGGAAUCAAAGCAUUUUAUGAAUGUAGUACUUUAUCAAAUGUAAUACUUCCAACAAAUUUAGAUAUUAUUUCACGUAAUUGCUUUGGAUAUUGUGAUCUACGAACAAUAAACAUCCCAAAUAAUAUCAAAGAAAUGAAAAAUCGUUGUUUUAAUUUCAAUAAUAAUCUUAAAACAGUUACAAUAACUGAUAAUUCCAUGUUGACAAGAAUUAAAGAAUAUUCAAUGCAAGGAUCUAUUAUCGAAACAAUAUUUUUGCCAAAAAAUGUUAAUUAUUUUGCAGCAAACUCUUUUGAAAAUUCAAGAACUUUAAAAACAAUCACAUGUAAUCCAUCAAAUCCAUCAUUUUCUGUUAUGGAUGGUGUCUUAUAUAACAAAGAGAAGACUAUGUUGGUCAAAUAUCCUGCAAAUCAUGGCACAUCAUUUGAAAUACCAGAAAAAGUAACAAGGAUCGGAUUUUGUGCAUUCAUUUAUUCAGUGAUUGAAAGUAUAACAUUUCCAUCAAAUUUGAAAACAAUUGAAGGAUGGGCUUUUGCAUUUACAAAUUUGAAAACACUAAAAAUUCCAGAUACAGUUACAGAAAUAUAUAAUGGAGUAUUUGCUGGCUGCGUUUAUUUAGGAGAAAUAACAUUAGGUGCUGGAAUGACAUACAUUCCAAAUAAUUGUUUCAGUAAUGCAAAAAUUACGAAAAUUAUAAUACCAGAGAACAUCACAUCAAUUGGAGAUUAUGCGUUUUCCGAUUGUCCAAAUCUGAAAGAAGUUGUAUUACCUUCGACAAUAACAAAUCUUGGAGGUUCGUGUUUCCCAACAAAUGUAAAUAUCUCUUUCCCGAGUGAUGCAAAAUUAUCUCUUGAUGAUCAGCAAAUUCUUUACGAUCUCGACAAAAUUGUUUUAAUCAUGUGUCUUAAGAAGAGUUCAUCAUACAUCAUUCCAGAAACAGUUUCUACUAUCCGAGCACCCGCAUUCAAAGACAUGACAGAUCUAACUAAGAUUGAAUUUCGCUCAGGCACAACACUGAAAACGAUCGAGUCCAGUGCAUUCUGUACAUUGAAAGAAACAAUAAUCACCAAUAAUUGUACAUGUUGA